AUGAACACAAAAAUCUAUGUGGUAUUUUUUAAAGUGUGUCGAUGUGUGACGUGGCUUCCAGUAAAUGCGCUUGCUGAAUUGCACAAUAUUUGGCUAUUGUGGAACUACAGAAUUGUACAACCUGAAGCGGGAUGGCGAGAAAGUCAGAGUGUUUUUCAUGAACAAUUAAGAUUGCUAAAACCUCGUGGCCUGACGUCUUUUGGCACUGCUCUAGGAUCAGCUUUAAGGUUUAUAAAUGUGAAUCGUUUGCAAACUGGCAUUGAUAAUUUUGGUGGUGGUCGUUAUCCAUUUUAUAUUGAACCGGUGGUUAUUAUUAGUAUAACUGAUGGUAACUCUUUGGCAUGUCCUCAAUAUGGAGUUAUUAAAGUUGCUAAACCCACAACAAUUGGUAAUGAAUUGAUCGAAGAACCGUUCAGAUGGGAUCAGCGAUUGUAUUCGAUAGUUCUACGACUUAAUGGUAAUCCACCUAUCGGGAAAGUAUCCUCCGGAAUGAAUAUACCUUCUGACAGUAGCCCUAUUGAUGCAAUGUGCAUAGCAACUGGAGGACGAUCAUAUUGUGUUUCAUCUCAUAAAAUGCUGUCUUUGUGUGUUGAAUCAGUUGUUCAGAAAUUGCAACAGCAGGGGACUGUGUUGCAUUUUGAGAAAUAUGGAUCUGACCCUCAACCAAAUAUAGGUCGCACGAAUGGUAUUGUAGAAAAUGGUAAUUCAAAAAAGAGUGAUGAAUUAGCAUCUCUUACUACUGCUAAAUCAUCAAAUACAGAAAACUGGCGUACUGUUACAUGUACUAUUUACUCACGUGCAUCUAGAUCAUAUCCUGGUCACUGGCCUAUACCAGAAGCAUUUUGGCCUGAUCGAAGCAUGACAAAUUUACCACCACGCAAAGCACAUCCAAUUAUUUCCUUUCGUUGUGAAUCUUGUGAACCUCUUGUUUGUCAGGAUUUUCCUUUUGACAAAUAUGAGCUUGAGCCUUCACCUUUAACGAGGUUUAUAUUAGAGCGUAAACAACCUGGAGUUUGUUGGCAAGUUUUUGUUCGUAAUUCGAGUAUUUCUGGUAGCUCUCCAGCUCCUUUCGGAUACCUCAAAGCAGCCACUAAUUUAUCCUGUGUGAAUUUAUUCAUAAUGCCUUAUAAUUAUCCACUUUUACUCCCUCUAAUAGAAGAAAUUAAAAGUGAUUCAAAAGCUAAAAACAGUCACUCAUGGAGAUUGCGUCUAGAAAAAUACUUAACAACAGUACCAAGUUAUUAUAUACAGCCAUUAAAAAAAGCAUUUUCUCGAUUAAAUAUCUCACAUCCAAUGUUAGAGCCUGAUCAGAUGCAACAAUAUUCUUAUAAUAUAUUGUCUUAUAUUGCAAAAGUAAAGCAUAUGGCUCGUGAAGAAUUUGAAUCUUUGUGUGGGACCGUGGCAUCGUCGUUACAAGUCCCAGUUCAGCCAUUAUCUUUGGUCGCUGUGCAGAAACAUGCACGACUUGUAAGUAAUUGUAAUGUACAAAAAAUAUGUGGACAUAUGAGCGGCGUUGAUAGUUUUCCAGGAUUCAAGGUACAAAUCGAGUCUCCCAAAGUAUUAGUUGCACCAUCCAUACAAUUCCGAAAUCCUUUUGAAAUUAAACGUGAUAAACUUUAUGAGCAAGUACAGAAGAUGCGAAUUAAUUUAAUGCAGCAAUUCACCAUGGGACAAAUACCUAUAUUUGAAGGUGGCAAACCGGGAGCAAGUAUCAAGUUGCAACAUGCUGUCGAAAAAGACUUACAUAAUCUUCCAAUCAGCCAGAUGGGUAAUUAUCAAGAAUAUAUCAAGAAUUUGGAAGCUAUUGGACGAGGCCCAUUAAGAGAAGUUGAACCACAAGCAAUCCGUGUGCAUGCUUUUGGAAAUCCUUUUAAAAUCGAUAAGCUACAGUAUUUUAAACUAAAAAAAAAUCUGCAGAAAACUAUGGCAGUUGAUGAAGUGGGAGAAGGAAGUCUGUUGGGAACGUCUUCUAAAUUGGAAACUUUGAAAAGACGUCUUUCAACAGGAUCCAGUAUUUCAAGUUCAGAUAGUAGUCAUCCACCUAAACGGAAAGCUGGUCCUUUGGCACCUGAUUCAUUGUCUCAGUGGCGGAGACGACGACGAUCUAGGUCUGCAUCCUCAUCCAUCUGCUCAUCGUCUGAUCUCCAGUCUAUUGCUUUUUCAUCCGCUCCUUCCGAUAAUAUUCAGAUAAAUACGAAUAAAGCCUGUCAACCAUCCACAUCAAAUGUCAAUGGUAACGUUCAGCCAGGGUUAAAAGGUGAUUAUACUGCGGAGAAAGCUCUUAAGAGCACUUCUAGUGAAUGUCGGUUGUCACCCCUGGAGAAAAGGAUACGAUUAGAAAAUCCUUCACGUCUAGAAGAGUCAAAAUUACGAGAAAAGAAAUUGCUUCUAGGCAUAUUUGUUAGAAAACUCACGAACGCUACAAAAGUGAUGUCAAUGCAGAAUGCAGAACUUAAAGAUCUUUGUCUUGUUGAUCGGAGAAUAUGUCUACGCUAUGCAUUGCGUGAAGCCAGGCGAUUCAGGAGGAAAGCUCUAACGGAUCUGUUAACCGAGGAAUUAAAUCAAAUACCCUCGAAUGCCACUAGUAAUGAGAUUUUGUAGCA